AUGGUGCCAUUAGCGUAUUAUGGUCAACACUUCAUGCCACUAGACCACUCUAACCAACUGGCCACAACCAAUUCAUUAACACAUCAAUAUACUGGUGAAAAACUAAAGCAACUCAAUAACCAACCUGCAGCCAAAGUGCAAUCCUGUAACCAUCAUGAUCUAGGAUCUCCAUUAAGUUCUAACAAAAAGGUCCAGAACUGCUCAACAUUGCAUUCUCCCAAGUCUCAGCACAAACUUUCACAGAAAUUAUAUAACAGGGCUCCGAAAUCAUCAUUAUCCCACUCCAAACAUCAGGUUACACCUUCACUAGACCUCCACUGCAGAAGUUCAUUGCUGCCCAGUCAGAGAGCCAUGAAUUCACCUUUGUCUCACCCAAAAGCCCAAACAACAUCUUCGCCCAACCUCAACAAGACAUCAUCAGCACCGAAACCAAAUCAAACAUCCUUGAGCUCACAAUUACCCUUCCCUAAAUCUCAGACUACAUCUUCAAGGCUAGACCUCUGCUGGACAUCACCUUCAUUGAAGUCUAAUCAAAGAACCCCAAGUUCAUCAUUAACCUCCCUCCAACAUCAAGAAAUGCCUUCCCUAAAUAUCAUCUGGACAACCUCUUCUUUGGGAACUAACCAAAGAGCCCUUAGUUCAACAUUACUUCAAUCCAAACCUCAGAAAACAUCUUCUUUGGACUGCCUUUGGACAUUACUGGAGAACAAUCAAAGGUCUUUGAGCUCACCAUCACUCAAUACCAAACUUCAGCCAAAUGACUUCCUUCCGACAUCACCUUCUUUGGAGCCCAAUCAAAUGGCUCUGAUCUCAAUGUUACCUGAUUCCAGACCUCAGAAGUCAUCUAUAUUAACCUCUAAAUCUAGUGUUCUAAGCUUACCAUUGUCUUACUCAAGAGUGAGGAAAUCAUCGUUACCACAUUCUGUCCACCAAUCUCAGAGUUUACCAUUAUUCCAGCUCAAAUCUCAAAAAGUACUUAAGCUUGAUCCUAACUUCCAGACCCCCAGCUCACCAAUCUGUCACUCCAAGUUUCAGAAUACCACUUUACCAAAUGACAAAAACAGAACCACAGAUUUACCAUCACCCCAUCCUAAACCAAAUGUCUCAGGUCAACCAUUAUCAGGCUCCAAACACUUCAUCAGUAACACAGCUGCUUCAACAUUGAGGUCCAGACUCCAGAGUAAAAGCAUCUUUGGUUUUUGUGCAAAGACAGAAUCAAAUAAAGAAAUUCCAUGGAUUUUAGGUUAUAAUCAGCCGUGCAUUGUUAAAGGUGGAACUGUCCCUGAUAAUGUUGUAAAUAAAAUUGUCAAUUCUGUCUCCAAGACCAGAAUCCAGAGGGAUCUCUGUAGGCAGAUUCUCUUUCGAAGGAUGAGGGGACGGCCUAAUCCUCAUCCUGGUCCGCGCCUUUCAUCAAAUUAUAUGGUUUGUUUAGCUUGUGCUUCCUGCAUAAAAUCUCAGUGUAGCCAUCUUACAGGAAAGAAAGAUCCUCGUUGUGCAACACUAUUUGUCAUACCAACACCUCAGGCCAAUUCUGAGGGGAAAAUAGAGGUGAAAUUAAAUUUUAUCCUUUCUCUACCAGAGACUUCUUUCUCAUCUUGUCCCCCAUUCCCUGUGAAAGAAAAUCAGAUUGCUGGAGCCCCUGAAGAAAACUUUGAAAGAGUGGAGAAAUCACAGCUUCGCCCCACAUCUGAAUCUGAUAUCAUCCAGGGGCUUGAUAUGAAGAAAGACUGGUUGACAAUAGCCCCUGAAAACAAAGUUAUAAGCCAACAGCCCCAAGCUAUUAACUGGCUGCUUUAUGUUAAAAAAAGUAGUAAUUCUCAGCCACAAUCCCUGCUCCUAUGCUCUUCCUCCAAAUCCUCCUCCUCUUCUUCCUCCUCCUCUGGUGCCUCUGCCUCAUCUACCUCCUCUUCAUCUUCUUCCUCUUCUUCCUCUUCCACUUCACCCUUCUCACCACCUCCUCCAGAAAAUACUACCACAUCCACCCUUUCGGAUUGUGCACUCACUAAGGUAUUUAAUUCCCACCGCUUGCCUCCAGGGGUCUCUUGGCUUGAGUUUAUAUAUAGUAAAGAUCACCAGCCACUUCCUGAAAAAGCAUAUCAAAGUCGAUCACCAUCUCCCCAAAUAAAACCUGUGAGGAGUAUCAAAGCACUAAGAGGGACAAAGGGACCAAACAUACCAUUCAAACUUGUCCAGACAAAGUCUCAAAGUGAGAAAUACUGA